UGUAGUUUAAAAUUAAAAUACGGGUUCUUCUUCUUAUAAGUUGAUCCCUUCAACCCUUCCUACAUAAAAUUCCUUAAUCUGAAAAGUAAUGGCCAUCUUGAAGGUCCUUUUUCUCUUUAUCUUUCCUGUCAUAUACGCCACAAAUGAUUGCCGAUUUUCUUUAUGUGGUAACAAUAGUAUCCUCAUUCGUUUCCCCUUUCAACUAGAAGGUGAGCAACCUCCUUACUGUGGCUAUCCUGGUUUCAACUUAUUCUGUACCAAUGAUAGCAAAACAGUUCUAAAACUUCCAUACUCUGGGGAGUUCCAUGUUCGCAACAUAAACUAUCUCAUACAAGCGAUACAAGUCUACGACCCGGAUUAUUGCCUUCCCAAACGUCUUCUGAGCCUCAACUUUUCAGGUUCUCCCUUCACUGCUACUUAUAAUCGUAACUACACCUUCAUAAGCUGCCCAAAUCAGAGCGCAGGGUUGCCAUUCAUUCCCAUUGACUGCCUCAGUAAUUCCACAACCUUUGUAUUUGCCAUCCCUUCGGUCAACCUGGCUAAUUCGAUGCUUGAGUCUUGCUAUGUUAUUAAAAGGCUUUCAAUUCCGGUUACAAGGUCGAGACGGUAUCAGGAAAAUCUCAGAGAUGACCUUAAUGCAGAUCUUCUAUUAACAUGGGAUAUACCUAACUGUGGAUAUUGUGAAUCACAAGAGCUAUUGUGUGGAUUUGCAAGCACUAGCAGCAAACAAGUAGUCUGUUUGUCUAAUGGUCAAACAGGUAGCUCCCAAAAAGGACUUCGAAUUUUCAGAGUCAUGGCACUAUGCAUAGCUGCACCAGCUGUUCUCUUUGCAAUUUUGAUGGCAAGCUGUGUGUGCUACACUGACAGAAUAGCUCCCAGAAGGAAUGCUGUGGCUGCUACAACAGAUCAUGAAAUUUCACAACCUGCAGAGGCCGCAGAAGGUGUUAUGGGUCUGGAUGAGUCUACUAUUGAGUCUUAUGAGAAGGUGGUGCUUGGGGAGAGUCGAAGGGUGCCGGGGCCGAACAGCGGAUGUUGCUGGAUAUGCUUGGCAGAGUACAGCAGUAAAGAGACAGUGAGAUGCAUUCCUGAAUGUAAACACUGUUUCCAUGCUGACUGCAUUGAUGAGUGGCUUCGCAUCAACACCACAUGCCCUGUUUGCCGCAACUCUCCAUCCCCUUCUCCUCUUCAUGCUGCUACAUCCGCUGACCCUUGAUCACUGGUCAAUGAUUUUAGGGUAAAUCAUUUUCUGGAGUCAUUAGUUUGUAUGUAAAACAAUUAUAUAUUAUAGGAAAAUGUGAGUGUUAACACUCCCUCCUCUUCUCCAUAUUGCAUGUAAUAAAACUAUAAUUAUACGAAAAUGUCAGGGCGUUCAAUAUCAAA